AUGUGCUCCAUCUGCACCGGAAACAUCAAACUGUGCGUUUCAAGUCGAGAAGAAGUUGUGUUCAAGAAAGAGUUUGGGUCGCACCCAUCCCUUCGCUUACACCAUCUCACCGCACCCGAUAUAUACCGAUAUGCUCUGAGCCAAAUAGCAGAGUUCGCUUCCCAGGACCCACUCAGGCUUUCACAAGACGACAGAGGGUCACAUCAGAGACGGGCAUGUUUUUGUCCUAAUCCAGGCCAGCUCCUCGCUGAAACAAUUGUUGAAAAAUACGAGGGUGUUUUUCUCUGGGCACAUCUGGCUAUCAAAAGUCUUGAACGAGCAAAGUCUAAUAUGGAUAAUGCGGAAAUCACUCAAAAGCGGCUCGAGGCAAUGCCCAAAGACCUGGAGAAUCUUUAUGAUUCAAUGUGGAAGCGUCUUAAUGACGAUGAAGAGUUAUAUACGGCUGAAGCUGUACUUUACUUCAACCUCGUUAUCGAUUACAGUGACCAACAUCUCGGCAGUUAUGACCGUGGUAAAUUCCGUGAUGAAUCAUUUGAACCUACCCUAGGUCAUAUUUCCAUAGCACGGGAGGUUAUUGACACUUUUGAGCGAGAUCGAGCAUUGCUUGUUUCUCCACUGCAGUCAAUAGGUGCCCAUUGUCAGACCCAUUACCAUGGUGUAAAAACUCGUUGUGCUGGAUUGCUUGAAUUCACAUAUAAAGGCUCAGACAAAACGCCACAUCCGGGACAUGAGUUUUUGUACCCUGACAUGGAAAUUGGCUUCAUACAUCGUACAGCGAAAGAGUUCCUUUGCGGAACGGCAGAAGGCCGAAGCAUCCUUAAGAAACACAAGAUCUAUAAAGAUCUGCGUUUGGCUUCUAUUAUACAUUCAUGGCUUCUUCAAUGCUGGACUUUCGAUUCACCAAAGUAAAAUGGCGACCAAAAGUUUCACUCUAUUUCCCCCACUUUCACAAUUGACUGGCCUCGCGAACUUCGUUACAGCUAUCUAAAACUUCCAGGGACCACAAAACUAACAUGGGUGGGAUUCUGGCAUUCGAUCCUGGAAAAUAUGCCUAGGCACUGUUUUGAAGGAGGGGGGCGUUUAGAUGUCCUUCUUGGGAUGGCGACAGACUGUCUACACGACUUUGUCUCCAUAUCUUUUCGACAACCAGAUAUGUACACGGCAAAUUGUAAGGCCUAUGUUUUUAAAAGCGCAGUUGCAGGUCUCCAGCAUUUUUACAUACAUGAUUGGGACCAGCUUGAAGCUCUUGUAGAUGAAUGGCUGAAAAUAAUUGAAUUCCUGCUCUCCCAAGGUUGUGAGCCCCAAUAUAGCCACCCGCCUAUCUCGGUAUCCCACAAUACUACAAUUCUCGAACUCCUUAUAUCAUUAUAUUGGAAACUCCCUGGACAUCAGCAAAUUAUCGCUUAUGUCAAAGGAAUGGAAAGAAGGAUUCUGGAGAUUUUGCAAAAGCUGACCAAGAAUAAAUUGGAUAUGAAUCAAGAAGUAUACGCGAUUUUCACCCAGGGAACAUUAAGAGAUUCCUAUGGUAAAUUCUUAGAGAGGGUCACCACACCUGCGUAUAAAAGAAGGGAGGAAAAUAUCAUUCUCCUCAAACUCCCGGUAGGCGAGCUUCUACGUCGCUUAUCACAAUCUAUGCCACAUACCGUUAUAGGGAAAGGGAUAGCAGAAUUCAUAUCCUCAUGGACCCCCCAAGAACCCGAGAUCCUUGCCAUAGGCUUUGGAUACAUUUUGGAAUGGUCCAAAAGUGCAAGACGAGUUGACAAAGUUCUUGAGCAGAAACUUUUGGAAGUCAUCAUGAGGGAAAAACCGCCCCCGGAUACUCAAGUGGAAGUAAUCGAAGACCAAAUACAGAGAGAGAUAGACGGGUUGAUUGAAGGCCAUAAUUAUGAUAGAGUGGAACCAGAGGAUCUGACUGAGUACUUGCUUAUUGAUAGGGGUUUGCAAGAAAAGUACCCGAAAACUUUAGAAUACUGGCUGGAUUUUGUGGUUGAGCGAAAUAUUUGGGUAGAUAUGGAGAAGAGAAGGUACGUUAUCCCUACCAAGUUCGUCAGCGAUGCAGAAUUCGAGGACGGGGAUUACAAGCACUUCUUUGAAUUGUUGUGGGGGUCUGAUUAG